AUGGCUUUCGUCGCCAACGGAAACGAGUACGACUUCAUCAUCGUUGGUGGCGGCACCGCUGGCAACGCUGUUGCUGGUCGCCUCGCCGAAAACCCCAACGUCCGCAUCCUGGUCGUCGAGGCUGGUAUUCCCAACCCCCACCAGGUUCCCGAGAUCACCACUCCCUCUCAGGCCUUCAACCUGCGCGGCAGCAAGCAUGACUGGGCCUACAAGUCGACAAUGAUCAAGCGCGAUGACUACGAGCGAAUUGAGAAGCCCAACACUCGUGGCAAGGCUCUCGGCGGAUCGUCCUGCGCCAACUACUUCACCUGGAUUCCCGGCUCCAAGCCUACUUUUGACGACUGGGAGGAGUUUGGUGGUCCUGAGUGGAACUGGGACGGCUGUGUCGAUUACCUCCGGAAGUGUGCAACCUAUCACGACGAGGAGAAGCUCUACCCUACCGAGCUGAAGAAGAUUGGCACCGGUGGCCCCAUCCAGAUUGCUCACGCUGAUCUGGUCCCGGAGAUGCAGCCCUGGCGAGACGCUUUGACUCAGGCCUGGGUCUCCAAGGGCGAGGUCCUCACCGAGAACAUUUACGACGGUGAGAUGCGUGGCCUGACCCACUGUGUCGAUACCAUCCACGGCGGUCAACGUCAGGGCAGCUUCCUGUACCUCAAGAACAAGCCCAACGUCAGCAUCCUCUACGGCGUUCAGUCCAAGGAGCUGAUCAUUGACCCUCGUACCAACGCUUGUCUUGGUGUUACCGUCAUCAACCCUGCCAACAACAAUGAGCUCAGCGUCUACGCUAGCCGCGAGGUUAUCGUGUCUCAGGGUGUUUUCGAGACCCCCAAGCUCCUGAUGCUCUCUGGUGUUGGCCCCGCCAAGGAACUGGCCAAGAACGGCGUUGAUGUCAAGGUUGACUCUCCUCAUGUUGGCCAGCAUCUCCUGGACCACCCCAUUGUUCCCUUCGUCCUCCAGGUCAAGGACGGCUAUGGCAUGGAGGAUUAUAUCCUCCGUGACGGCACCGUCAACAGCGCUGCUGUCGCUCAGUAUAAGCGCGACAAGACUGGUCCCAUCGGCUCUGGCCUUCUUGAGCUUGUUGGCUUCCCUCGAAUUGAUGAGCGCCUCGAGAAGCACCAGGCUUACCGCGAGGCCAAGGCUGCCAACGGUGGUCUCGAUCCCUUUGGCCCUGCUGGUCAGCCUCACUUCGAGCUUGACUUUGUCGGCAUGUUUAGCACCGCCUUCCAGUGGCACUAUCCUCUUCCUGAGCAGGGCAACUACAUGACGGUUAUUGUCGACCUGCUGCGCCCGCUGUCCGAGGGUGAGGUCACCCUGAACAGCGCUGACCCUCUGGUCCAGCCCAACAUCAACCUCAACUUCUUUGGCAAUGAUCUGGAUAUCCUGGCCAUGCGAGAGGGUGUCCGCUGGACCUAUGAUGUCCUUACUACCGGCGCUGGCUUCAAGGAUGUCGUUGUCGGCGAGUAUCCUUGGCGCAUGCCCCUCGAGUCGGACGACGAAAUGAAGAGGGCUGUUCUUGACCGUAGCCAGACUGGUUUCCACCCUUGUGGUACCGCUCGUCUCUCCAAGAGCAUCCAGCAGGGCGUUGUUGAUUCCCGUCUUCGCGUCCACGGCGUCAAGAACCUCCGUGUCGUUGACGCUUCCGUCAUCCCAGUCAUUCCUGACUGCCGUAUCCAAAACUCUGUCUACAUGAUUGGAGAGAAGGCUUCCGACAUGAUCAAGGCUGAUCAUGCGGACAUCUUUGAGGAGGGUGCCUUCAAGAACAUCCGCUCCUUCACCAGCCGUCUGUGA